AUGGAUUCGCUGACCAGCACCUUUUGGUGUUCAGUAGCGAUUGCCUCAUCGUAUGUUCUUGUGCUGUAUAUUAACCCACAACGAGGACACCGGGAGUCCAGAGAAGUUAUCAAAUCAAGAAUGGUGAGAGCCAGCCUGUCAACCUUGAUCUGUGUGUUACUUGUACCAUUUCUAAUGACUAAAGUGACACAAACCGCCUACGGAUUUAGCGAGGCAUUUGCCUACAUGGGACUCACAGUUGACAGGACAACAGUUUCUAGCGUUGCGCGAGUGCUGCUACUUUUCAUAGGUCUUUUCAACGGGUCACUGAUAGAGUAUCUGUCUUGGGGCCCGGAAGUCAUCUAUCACGAUUUCAAGUCUCUGGAUAUGCUUCACUUCCUGCGCAAUAUAGUGAUCGCACCAAUCACUGAAGAGAUGACAUACACCGCCUCCAUUUUGGGCUUAUAUGGUCCGUUUCUCGAUUCUCCUGUACGCUCCAAAAUAAUAUACCUGUCGCCACUUCUGUUCGGGCUGGCUCAUGUCACUCACGCUUAUGACAGUUGGAAACACGAAAAGGUGCCAUUGGCUGCCAUUCUCGUAUCGUUCCUGUUCCGCACUCUAUACACAACAUUCUUCGGAAUUCUGACAAAUCUGAUCUUCGUCAACUCGCAUUCGGUCUGGACCUGUGUGGCCGCACAUUGCUGGUGCAACUUUAUGACCUUUCCGCUGUUUACAGUGGAGGGCCCUGUGUGGUGGCAGACACUCUACUACGUACUGUCGCUGGCAGGGAUUUGGUUUUUUGCCGCAUACUUUAGCACAUUGACUACGUCUAUUUGA